GGAGCCCCUGAGAAUCCGUCUCUGGCCGAGGCAGCCCAGGAUUCCUUUUCAAAGGCCCUAGCACAGAUGAGUCCAAGAUUUUGGGCUCAUUGAGGGUCAAAUACAACUGUCCCUGAAGCGAGAUCACAUUCAAGUUUGGGACAAGGAGUCUUGCCCCUUCAUUUUUUCAGCUUCUCUCCGUGGAACCAAAACCCUCGGGUUACAGUUUGUAUGUGAAACCACUGUUCCAAGUUCAACUUAGAAAAGACUGUUGACACACAAGUUGGAAUGGUUCCAAUAGCCUACUUUGCAAAACGCUUUGGAUUCACAGAACUUGCGUUGUAAAAGCAAUAAGAGAAGUGUCAGAGUUUUCCAUUUAGAUCAACAACUUCAAACUCUCAGCAUGGAGAACUCAGAGAAGACAGAAUUAGUUCUCCUUGCUUGUGGGUCCUUUAAUCCUAUCACCAACAUGCACCUCAGGCUGUUUGAGCUGGCCAAGGACUACAUGAAUGGAACAGGAAAAUAUAAAGUUAUCAAAGGCAUAAUUUCUCCAGUCGGCGAUGCAUAUAAGAAGAAAGGACUCAUCUCUGCCCAUCACCGAGUUAUCAUGGCAGAACUUGCCACCAAGAACUCAAAAUGGGUAGAAGUUGACACAUGGGAAAGUCUUCAGAAAGAGUGGACAGAGACAGCCAAGGUGCUAAGACACCAUCAAGAGAAGCUGGAGGCCAGUAUCUGUGAUCUCCAGCAGAACUCACCUGUGCUGCAAAAGCCUGGACGGAAAAGAAAGUGGGCUGAACAAAAACAAGAUUUUAGUGAAAAGAAAUCCCUAGAGCAAACAAAAACGAAAGGUGUGCCAAAGGUGAAGCUGCUGUGCGGAGCAGAUUUUUUGGAGUCCUUUGGUGUGCCCAAUCUAUGGAAGAGUGAGGAUAUCACCAAAAUCCUGGGAGACUAUGGGCUCAUAUGUAUUACUCGGGCUGGGAAUGAUGCUCAGAAGUUCAUCUACGAAUCCGAUGUGCUUUGGAAACACCAGAACAACAUUCACCUGGUGAACGAAUGGAUCACCAAUGACAUCUCCUCCACGAAAAUCCGGCGAGCCCUUAGAAGGGGCCAGAGCAUUCGCUACUUGGUACCUGAUCUUGUCCAAGAAUAUAUUGAAAAGCAUAAUCUGUAUAGCUCUGAGAGUGAGGAGAGGAAUGUUGGAGUGGUCCUGGCUCCUUUGCAGAGAAACACUACAGAAGUUAAGGCAUAAGAAAUUCUACAGCAUGGUAUUUUAGACUUCUUUUUUGGGAAUUUGAAACCAUGUGGGUGUUAGUAACUAGGGGAAGAAAUUGUUAUCCUCUUUAAUAAAGUUUAACAGUUUUGGUAAAAUCAGUAGUAAAUUAAAGUUAGGUUUAUCUUUUUACUAGAAGUUGCUAAGAUGAAUGUUUUCAACAUGUUGUUUUUAGUUUGGCUAUGCCAUGCAGCAUGCAGGAUCUUAGUUCCUCAACCAGGGAUCAAACCUGUGCAGUGGGAGCACAGAGUCUUAACCAGUGGACUACCAGGGAAGUCCACAAAUUCCUUUAACUUUAAAACGAGAUUAGCAGCACUAAAACCAGAGGAACAUUCUAUCAAACUGAGUACAAAAACAAUUCAAAAAGAGCAUCCUGACUUUACCACAUAAAGAGAAGUGAAGUGUGAAAAGUGACGUCUAGGAAUUUCCUGGUGGUCUAGUGGUUAGGACUCUGCACUCUCACUGCCAAGGGCCCGGUCUUGGGAACUAACAUCCCACAUGCUGUGCAGCAAAAAAAAAAGAAGAAGAAGAAGAAGAAAAUUAAGAGUCCACUUAAGAUCCUGACUUAAGUUAUGAAAGGAAUGAACAUUUGAUGCAUGUCUAUUUCUGGGCCCCCUUCACCACAGUGGCCAAACAAUUCUUAAAAUAAUGAUCUUGUAAAAGGCAUCACUAAUCAGCUAUCUCCAGCUGUGCAGAAUACAGGCUGUGAAUGAUCUGGCAGAUACUUUACACCAGUAAUUCGUUCUCUCUGACACAUCUCAGAAGGCCAGCGAAGCUUUGCUAAGGCAUGUUGCCUGCAGCAUCACUUUUGGAGGUAGGAAGAGGGGUCCAGGCCCUGGAAUGUUUAGAAAGGUACACAGGUGUUUCUGAUGCCCAUGACAGAUAGGGAACCUCUGCUCUCCACAUGUUAUGCAUGGAUUCUCUUAGCACAUAAGAGACCUCUGAGAAUGAGGUCUCUUGUUCAAGGAGUCUCAUUCAAGAGAAUGAGAGGUCUCAUCCAAUGAUUUUAUGAACUGUGAAUGCUCUUAGCCUUUACUCAUAGCUUAAUAAUCAAACAAUGAAGGGACAUAAGAAAUACCACAUUGAGUCAGCCCAGCAGUUCCUUUAGCUCAGAGUUUUGAGGCCCUGAUGAAGGGUAUGUGCAGGAAAGCUCCACAGUCUCAAUCUAAAACUCUUGAGUUUUGGAAGACCCUUGCAGUUUCUGUUCCAGUCCCUUUGAACCUGCCAUUUGUGAAUUUAAGCAGAAAAAGAGCCUGUUUUUUAUUAUUUUUCUCAUGUUCUUUUGUAUGAACUUUAACCAAAGUAGGACACUCAAAUAAUAAUUGAAGCCAUAACAUUAUGUUAAAAAGACAAACUUGUUAUAUGGUUUGCUGCUGAUUAAAAUUCUGUGGCAGUUUUACCCAUUAGUAAAGCACAAAGACCAGAAAUAGCUUUUUUAGAAUAGUUUUAUGGUUCAUGAAAAUCAUUCUGUGAUAGAAACAGGACUAAAGUUAACUUUCUAAAGAAAGAAUAAUUUACCUUUACAUACCUAAACCUAGUGAUUUACAUUUCAUACCUACACUACUCUGGAUGAAGGAUUUAUACCUCUGCAGAAGAAAAAAGAUACUUAUGUCUGUGCAGUUGAAUAGUAUUAUCUGAAGCCACAGUUUUAAAAAGGAAAUAAAGUUGGCAAAUGUAAA